AUGUAUGUAUUAAGCUGGAACGUGCAGCGGCUUGGCAACCUUCGUACGUUCCAUGAUCUUAGAAACCUCUUACAAGACAAAACACCAUAUAUUGUUUUCCUUAUUGAGACUCGUAUGACUGCUGUCCAAAUGGGUGGCUUGGUCCGGAGACUUGGUGUAGGUGGAGUCCUCUAUGUUCCUCGUGAAUGGUUCUUUGGUGGUCUCUAUUUUCUUUGGAACACUGGUUUACAAGUUGUGUUGCUCUCAUCCUCUUCCGGACAUAUUGAUGCUCGGGUUACCUUUCCUAAUUCUUUUGUUACACAAAUUACUAGGUUCUAUGGUCAUCCUCACCUUACUCGACGGAUUUAUUCUUGGGAGCUUCUUCGCCGUUUGAGUUAG